AUGCUCAUUCGUUUCCAGUCCUUCCCUCCACCGACCACUACAAGCUGCACUCUAUUUGCCGCACCUGUAACUCAGCCUGCUUUCAUCAGUCCACCAAACCAGUUUCUACUUCUACCUACAGACGAGGCAGAAAGAAACAAGCAGUUGUGGCAUAAUUGCUCAGUCAUCCACCUAAAGUGUACACCAAUAAUGAAAAUGGGGAUGGACGAUGCUGAAGAAGCAACGGUUCGUGAAGACGACCCAUUUUGCAGAGCGGCCGGAACUGAACUAGAUGUUCCUCCAAGUCGUUCGCAUUUUCCAUGGCGACGUACGGGGAUUCAAAUGUUCGAUCGAUUUUGGGCCGGAUUGGGAGAUGUCAGGAGGGCACUGGACAUCUACAGGAUUCAAAACAAAUACACCCACCCAUUCAAUGAUGUUAAAAACUUUGAACUUGAAGAAGUGCUGGAUGGACGGGAUCAAAGACUUGCACACCUUGAGAGCGAUGGGUGA